AUGGAGCUUGGGGAUGCCUUCAGGAAGCCCGCCCGCGCAAGUGGUGUCGUCGGCGGAUCCUCGGCCGGCGGCCCGGACCGGCUGAGCUCUCUGCCGGACUGCCUCCUCCAUACCAUCAUGUCCUCCUUGAAAGCUCGGCAGGCUGUCCAGACAUGCGUGCUGUCCACACGGUGGAGGCACCUCUGGCGCUCAGUGCCGUGCCUCGACAUCGACUUUGAUGAGUUUAACAAGGCGCCCCCUUCUGACGACAGCUCUAGCUCCGACGAUGGUACCUUUGAUUCCGACAGUGACCGCUGGAAUGAUGAUCCUGACGCUGACGACGACGACGACAACAUCCACAACGACUGGGAGCACUUCACCAAGUACAAGGACUGGGAGGAUUUUGAGGAUUUUGCCGUGACACUGAUACGCCGCUGUAACAUUGCACAGUUGGAUUCAUUCCAGCUGCAUACUGAUGGAAGCAGAGCACCGGAGUUUGGCAAUAGAGUGGCAGCAGGAUGGCUCCGUCGCGCCAUGAAAUACUGCACUCCUGAUCAUGCCAAUCAGCAGGGAUUGAGCUCUGGUUCUUGGCGCCUCAAAAGGCUACAUCUCUGCCAUGUACUUCUUGAUGACCAUUUUGUGAAGUGUGUUAGUUCAGUGUGCCGCUCUUUGGAGGAUUUGGAGCUGUACAAUUGCAGUUGUGAAAUUCAGUCAAUCACCUCCCAAUCGCUGAAGACCCUGGUUCUGAAAAGAUGUGGAUGGCGCAAUCUUUCUGAGAUUAUAUCGCCCACACUGAAGACAUUGGUUAUUGAUGGCGGCUCAAAUAUAGGUGCCUGUGUGCUAGUUAUCUUGGCCCCCUCUGUGGUGUAUCUGCAUUUGGCUAUGCGUGUUGACUACUUUAGUGGUGGUGUUUCAUUAAACGAGGUGCCAUCUGUUGCCAAGGCUUUGAUUCAUCUAUGGUAUCACAAAUAUGUUUAUGCCAGAAGUAAACUUGCUGGCGAUCAAUUCAAGCUUCUCUGUAGCAUAUCUAAUUCGACAAAUUUAGAAUUGUUGGGUGUUGGGACAACAGUGCUUGGUAAGGAACCCAAAUUCCAAGAAUUCAAGAACCUGAGGAGCUUAUUGCUGGACAGAUGUGAUCUCAGUGAUGACUUCAAGACAUUGGUAUUCUUUCUUCGGAGUUCUCCUAUUCUUGAGAAGCUCACUUUACGGUGCUGCGAGUUCCCAAAAUAUUCUAACAAAAAGAAAGGAACACCCAUACUCAACAAGACCUCAUCUUCUGAGCUCCGUGGACUGGAUUUGCUGUGGCACGCCAUGGAGCCUGAGGAUGCCUUCAGGAAGCGCGCCCGCGCAAGUGGUGUCGUCGGCGGAACCUCGGCCGGCGGCCCGGACCGGCUGAGCUCUCUGCCGGACUGCCUCCUCCAUACCAUCAUGUCCUCCUUGAAAGCCCGGCAGGUGGUCCAGACAAGCGUUCUGUCCACACGGUGGAGGCACCUCUGGCGCUCGGUGCCGUGCCUCGACAUCGACUUUGAUGAGUUCAGCAACACGGCGCCCGCUUCUGACGUCUUCGAUAGCAACGAGAGCGACGAUGAUACCUCUGAUUCCGACAGUGAUAACUGGCACAACCACAAGGACUGGGAGCACGUCACCAAGUACAAGGACUGGGAGGAUUUUGAGGAUUUUGCCGUGACCCUGAUGCGCAGCUGUAACAUUGCACAGUUGGAUUCAUUCCGGCUGCAUGUUGUCCAAAGCCGAGCACCGGAGUUUGGCAAUAGAGUGGCAGCAGGAUGGCUCCGUCGUGCCAUGAAAUACUGCACCCCAGAUCGUGCCAGUUAUCAGGGAUUGAGCUCCGGUUCCUGGCGACUCAAAAGGCUGCAUCUCUGCCAUGUACUUCUUGAUAAUAAUUUUCUGAAGCAUGUUAGUUCAGUGUGCUGCUCUUUGGAGGAUUUGGAGCUGGACGAUUGCAGUUGUCAAAUUCAGUCAAUCACCUCCCACUCGCUGAAGACCCUGGUUCUGAAAAAAUGUCGAUGGCGCAAUCUUUCUGAGAUUAUAUCGCCCACACUGAAGACAUUGGUUAUUGAUGGUGGCUCAAAUACUGAUGCCUGUGUGCUUGUUAUCUUGGCCCCUGCUCUUGCAUAUCUGCAUCUGGCUAUGCAUAUUACCCUCUUUCGUGGUGGUGUUUCAUUAAACGAGGUGCCAUCCAUUGCCAAGGCAUUGAUUCAUCUACGGGGUCACAGACAUUGUUCUGUCAGAAGUAAAAUUGGUGGCGAUCAAUUCAAGCUUCUCUGUUGCAUAUCUAAUUCGACAAAUUUAGAAUUGUCGGGUGUUGGGACAACAGUGCUCGGUAAGGGAUCCAGAUUCCAAGAAUUCAAGAACCUGAGGAACUUAUUGCUGUGCAACUGUGAUCUCAGUGAUGACUUCAAGACAUUGGUAUUCUUUCUUCGGAGUUCUCCUAUUCUUGAGAAACUCACUUUGCGUCACUGCGUGUUCCCAGAAUAUUCUAACAAAAAAAAGGGAACGCCCAUACUCAACAAGACCUCAUCUUCUGAGCUCCAUGGACUGGAUUUGCUGUGCGAGAACCUCAAGGUUGAAAUCAUAUAUGGCAAUGGCUAUGGACCCCACCUUAUCAGGCUUCUGCGGCGUGUUUCAGUGAAUCUGUCGAAGAACAACAUUAAACUCACCAAAGUUAAUUAG